CACAGUAUCCUUCGAGACACCAAUGCUGACGCUGGCAGUACCUUUGCCGUAUUUCCAUCCCUAAUAUUUCGUCGAACACGUUCGGAAACUGAUAACUUAACAUCUUAACAUUUUUAUUAAUUUAAUUAUUUUAUGGAGUUUAAAAUUGUGCGAAUAUGUGAAGCUGCUGUGUUACGUAAAUGAAAGGCAGUUUUAUAAUUUAUAAAUCUGAUGUUCAGUUCGUAAUAAACUUGAUUGUUUUUGAAUCGCAGUUUUAUGUGAACGUAAUUCAAACAAGUGGACAUGUGGAACGAGGAUUUUUAAGGAAACCAAUGGUUGGAGAAUUUCACUAUAUUGGACUACACGUGAAAGAUCGUCUUAAUAGUUACGAAAUAUUACACAGUGAAUAUCAUACAACAUGAAAGAGACAGUACAAAAAGAAUUCUAUAAACCGUGAAAUUCUUGUGCAAGAAUCUUGCAUCGUGGUACAUACGUUCACUAUGGCAUGUGAUUCAGAAUGAAGCUGAUAACAUUUCAGUGGCAGGAUAUUUGCAUAGACGAUUCUGUGUAGUAGUGUAAAAAGACAGGAAAGAGUGAGCAUAGAGACAGGACAGAGUGUAGGGAGAUGUGUGUGAGUUGUCGCAUUUAAAUUGCGAUAGUUUAUGGUGAAGAAGGCGCACUUCGUGUGGUAUCUGUCACCUGUUCGAGAGGGAAGUUUGUCCCGCUGUAGCCAUCUGGGGUGAGCUGAAGGCGCUGAACAGGCAACCCACGCCUAGAUUGUCCUCCUUUCCAAAUAAUAUUCCGGGUCUUUUCUCACCCGUGAGGCAGAAGCUAGUGUGCUCAAAUCAACCCAGCAUAUGUGCAUAUAUCGGAGGACGAUAGUGUAAAGCAACGUGAAAUAUGUGGCACCCAAGGGUUGUGGAUUUACAAUCCUCAAUUCUCUGUUUGCUGAUAGCUGCAGAAUUUGGAGCGGCUCUACGAGAUGUUCGUGUCACAAUACCAGUAGCAAUCAAGAAAGGCGAUAACGCUAAUCUAAUAUGUAAUUACGAUAUGGAAGGCGAUAUAUUAUACUCAGUAAAAUGGUAUAAGGGCCGUCGUGAAUUUUAUCGAUACACCCCGAAGGAAAAUCCAGCUAUGAAAAUAUUCCCACAACCCGGAAUAUCUGUGGAACGAACGCUUUCCAACGAGAGUCAAGUUGUUUUGACUGCCGUAGAUACAUCAAUGUCUGGAAAAUUUAGCUGUGAGGUAUCAGCAGAUGCUCCUUCCUUCCACACAAUAAUUGUUUCCGGUGACAUGGAGGUAGUAGAAGUUCCAGAGAAAAGGCCAUCAAUUACAGGUAUGCAUUGGCGGUAUAGAAUAGGAGAUACGUUAAAAGGAAAUUGUACUUCACAUUACUCGAAGCCAGCAGCAAAUUUAACGUGGACAAUAAAUGAACUUCCGGUAAUUGUAAAAUAAUAUAAAAUGAACAGAUAAACGUUGAUCAGUUUAUUGUAGGUGAAAUUCUUAUUGUGAGCACUCAUUAUGCAUGCAAAUUCGAUUUGGAACUUAAGAUGAGAGACAUACAGCAAUUUGGAAGAAAAUUGCUGAAAAAUUGCAAACUUAUUAUUGAAAUCAAAAUAUCCUAAGAUAUAAACGAACUGACAAAACGAUGAUAGUGGAAUAUAAAUAGUCUAGAAUUUCCUCUAUAAUUUUGCCCCAAAACUUGAACUUAUCGAUUGCUUGGAACCGAGAAAAUUCAAUUUAUUUGUUUUGAUACACAUUUUUUUUAAA